AUGGCCACCGCCGCAGUUGGCUUCAAACACACCACCAACACCACUCUUUUUGUCUUGCUCAACGGAGAAGAAGAAGAGGAAAACGAAGCGGAGGCCGCGCCCGAUGACUGCCAUCCAAAUAACGACACAGAAAACGACGACACAGCGGCUCGUCUGUGA